GCAGAGAGAGAGAUUGAACUUCUCAAAAUCCAAUUUAGAUCCGUCCGAUGACGAUCACCAAACCGCCGCAGCUCUCUUUCUCCGCCGCCUCCUCGCCGCUAUGCUCACUCAAAGGCUCACUCCUCACCGUCGCCGUCCUCACCUUCCUCUCCCUCUUCUACCUCUCUCUCAAUUCCCUCCGCACUCCCCCGCCCUCUCCCAUCGUGCUAGAGUCCACGAUUCACGUUCCUCAUCCUCAGACCAAGGAUGAAUCUUACUCCGACGUCUACCACUCUCCGGACUCGUUCCGGCUCAAUUACGCUGAGAUGGAGAGGAAGUUCAAAAUCUACAUAUACCCCGACGGAGAUCCCAACACGUUCUUCCAAACGCCGAGGAAAGUCACCGGCAAAUACGCCAGCGAAGGCUUCUUCUUCAAAAACAUCAGAGAGUCUCACUUCCGCACGUUGGAUCCAGAGGAGGCCGAUCUCUUCUUCGUCCCCGUUUCCCCUCACAAGAUGCGUGGCAAUGGAACAUCAUAUGAGGACAUGACUGUGAUUGUUAGAGAUUACGUUGAUGGGUUGAUAGCGAAGUAUCCUUAUUGGAACAGAACUUUGGGAGCUGAUCACUUUUUUGUGACGUGUCAUGACGUUGGUGUUAGAGCGUUUGAAGGGUCUCCGGUUAUGAUUAAGAAUACUAUUAGGGUUGUGUGCUCUCCAAGUUAUAAUGUUGGUUUCGUUCCUCAUAAAGAUGUUGCUUUGCCUCAAGUGCUUCAGCCGUUUGCUCUCCCUGCCGGUGGCAAUGAUGUUGAGAACCGGACAACGCUUGGUUUUUGGGCUGGUCAUAGAAACUCAAAGAUACGUGUAAUACUUGCCCGUGUGUGGGAGAACGACACUGAGCUCGAUAUUUCGAACAACAGAAUAAAUAGAGCUACAGGGCAUUUGGUAUAUCAGAAGAGAUUCUACAGGACUAAGUUCUGCAUAUGUCCUGGUGGUUCUCAAGUCAACAGUGCUCGCAUUACUGACUCAAUCCAUUACGGAUGUGUUCCUGUUAUAUUGUCAGACUACUACGACCUUCCUUUCAGCGACAUUCUGGAUUGGAGAAAGUUUGCGGUUGUACUCAGAGAGCGAGAUGUGUAUGACCUCAAGCAGAUCCUCAAGAACAUAACACAGUCAGAGUUUGUUUCCUUGCAUAACAACUUAGUCAAGGUGCAAAAGCAUUUUCAAUGGAACACACCACCAGUUAAAUUCGAUGCGUUUCACAUGAUCAUGUAUGAACUAUGGUUACGCCACCAUGUCAUCAAGUACUGAUCAAAGACUCUUUCAGUCUUUUUUUUUUCUCCAACCAGUAGAUACGGUCCCAAGUAUGUACACCUCUUGUAAGUUUUUUUAAAUAUCAUAGCUUAUAACAGUGACACCAAACAAGAUUACUUUCUUUGAGGAAAAUUCAUUAUUUUUUUUGUGUA